GCAACUGGCCAAGAAGCCUCAGCAAUUACACUUGCCAAAGCGGUUCCAUUUGGCCAACAGGCUUCGCUUUCAGGAUUCACUAUCCUGAAUGCGAACUCACGUAUUUUGCAAACGAGUUUGGAGCAGCCGUCGCUCGGCGUGUUGGGAUUGGGAUUCUCUUUAACUUCACAGCGGACAGGCAGCAGCUUUUCUUCUCCUUCUUUUUUUUUUUUUUUUUUUUUUUUCUCCCCCUGUUGUACCGGCGUUUUCAGCGCCUCCACGCAGCGGAUUUACAAAGCCACCUUGCGUGGAGCCGGAGAUGAGAUUCAGGACCCUGGACAGAGACUGAGCAUCCCGGGAACCCUGGACAGCGACUCGCCGUUCUCUGGAGGCUGUGGAGAGGCAGGCACGUGGCACGAGGAAGGAGGCAGGAUGGAUCUUCAGCUCAGAGCAAGAGCCUCCCCCCGGGGAAGCCAGCAUCAGACGCAAGGCCUCACGGGCCGUUGACCUGCUGUCUCCUUGAUUUAUGGCGGCUGGGGGCUUCUGGCCACUGCAGCCUCCUCUCCCUUCUCUCCUCCAUUUCCCUCCUUACACACUGCAGAACCACGAGGAGAUACACACACUGCACCGCCGUCUGCAGGGUUAUCCGAAGAGGGAUUUCUCAUACAUGCAGAGCUGCCGUGCCCACAUAUCCACCUUUUCCUACACAGUUUCAUCCAAAAAUAAACACCUCCAUAAACGUUCCAGCACUGCGGCACUGUGUCCCAACAUCCCAUCACAAGUCAAUUAGAGCGAGACAGCUCUGAGAGCAUCCCUCAUUUGACUGUGUGCGGAUUACAAUCAGUCAUGGUGAGUUGGGUGUGGAGCCCCUCAAUGUAGCUGCUGCUGGGAGGCCGGGCUGGAUCAAUGGAAGUGCGCUGACUGACAAGAGGAGGCUCCUGUUUUCACUUGGCCUGAGAGGAUUCAGCAGCCAGCAUAUCUCCACAGAAAGCUCCACUUCCAAACUGCAAAAACCAUCUUGUAUGAUCUACCGUGGCACUCACUUAAAGUGGUAUUUUAUCCUCAGCCCUGCUUUAUUUUGACAUUUGCUUCAGUGUAAGCACCUUAAAUACCUUUUAUCCUCUAGCCUUUAAGGCUUGGAGUCUCCACAGUGCACAUCAACUUCUACUUACAUUUCCUUUUUAUUUUUGAAAGCUGUAGCUUGAGAGGGAGAGCCAAUUGGUGCCCUCACCAUGGUUUUGCCGCCCCCAGAUAAACGCCACGUGUGCCUGACCACCAUUGUCAUCAUGACGAGCAUGGCCUUCAUGGAUGCCUACCUGGUGGAGCAAAACCAGGGUCCCAGGAAGAUCGGCGUGUGCAUCAUAGUGCUGGUCGGGGACGUUUGUUUCCUCAUUGUGCUACGCUAUGUGGCGGUGUGGGUCGGCGCCGAGGUGCGCACGGCCCGACGAGGAUACGCCAUGAUCCUGUGGUUUCUCUACAUCUUUGUCCUGGAGAUCAAACUCUACUUUGUCUUCCAGAAUUGCAAGGCUGACAGGAAGAGUCUGGAAACAGUGGCACGGAAAGCUUUGACGUUGCUAUUAUCUGUGUGUGUGCCGGGUUUGUAUUUGGUUCUCGUCGCUCUGGAUAGCAUGGAAUAUGUGAGAACUUUCCGCAAGAAGGAGGACAUGAGAAGCCGGUUGUUCUGGGUUGCUCUGGACCUGCUGGACCUGCUCGACAUUCAAGCCAACCUGUGGGAGCCCCAGCGGACAGGUCUGCCCAUCUGGGCGGAAGGCCUGAUGUUCUUCUACUGCUACAUCCUGCUGCUCAUCCUGCCCUGUGUGUCCCUCAGCGAGAUCAGCAUGCAGGGCGAACACAUGUCGCCUCAGAAGAUGAUGCUGUACCCGGUCCUCAGCCUGGUCACCAUAAAUGUCGUCACCAUCCUCAUACGUGGCGUCAACAUGGUGCUGUUCCAGGACAGCCGAGUCUCCACCAUCUUCGUCGGCAAGAACGUGGUGGCCAUCGCCACCAAGGCCUCCACCUUCUUGGAGUACCGCAAACAGGUGAAGGAGUUUCCCCACCCGCAGAACGCCAUAGCUCUGGAGCUGCAGCAGAACUCCGUCGCCCACACGCAAACGCUGCCUAACGCCACAAGUCUGCCGCACGAACCUUCACCGGCGCAGGAUGUUAUAGACACAUGACCGCCAGCGCCAGAUUUAGUCCCGUUAGAAACAGACUGAGAGCUUCAGCAGAGAAGGAGAGCAGGGGGAUGGAGAAAUCAGCUGCAUGACAGGAUGAAGUUCCGCUUCUUGUCAAGCUCUUCUCAACUGCAUUGAAUCAAGAAAAGAGAUUUUUAGCAACACCUGCCUGUCAGAAAAUUCUGUCAACCUACACUUGACUCUAAGUGAACUGUGCAGACUAAAUCAGAACAUUUUUAAAUUGUGCUGUUGUGUUUUUAACUGUCUAACAUAUUUUAAAAGUUCUAACUUUACUAAGAAGACAUCUCCAAACUGUGCAGCCCUGUGGCAUUUUGUUCUGUAAAACGGACAGUGGGUUCCCUUUCAGUGAGUAGCUUGUAUUUUUUUUUUUAUGUCACUUUUUUGACAGUGCAUCUGUGGCAUUUCCUUUAUAUUCCAGGAAAGGACAAAGCACUCAGUGUGAAGCAGAGAUGGAGAGGAAGUAGAGGAGAGGAACAGAAAUUGACAAAAAAAAUCUGUCAUGAUGCGCUCUGUGCACGAGCAAGGUCAGCGGCUUUCUGUGUUUUCUUCAGCAGGAAAAAAAACCCAAAAAAACAGAGCCAUGUAAAGGCUACCAUUUCGGUGCUUUACAAUCACAUGUCUGAUGAAAACAGCAGCACUCAGCGACAUAACACCAAACGUAUUUAGCAGAGCGAGUGUUAAAAGUGCAGGUACAUCUGACGGAAAUGCGCUGGAACUUUAAGUGGAAAGCUGUAGCUGGGUGUCAUUAUCUGCAGACGAAAUGAGAUACGUUGAUGUCAAAAAGAGAACAAAAUGACAGCGGUAAGAUUACGCUCUCUUUUUGUUGCUUUCUGUACUGUACAUUCCUCAAGAAAAAGUAUUUCAAGUUUUGAAGGCUGACAGAGCAGAACUCAGAGAAAGAAGAGACAAAAUAAAAUGUAACAAUGUAGAAAAAGAAACUGAAGAAGUUUUUCAGUUCAUUAUUAUUAUUAUUAUUAUUAUUAUUAUUAUUAUUAUAGUAUGUACAUUCUUUACAUGUU